UCACAUAGACAAUCAUCAUGUCCAUUUCAACCUUUAGAAUUCAAGAGCAUACGUUGCCAUGUGCAUAUAUCAGAGAGUACCCGUUCGCGACUGCAGAUAGCCAGGAGGACACGCUCCAUCUUGCCAUCAAGCAGUACACCCCGCUUGACAACUUAUCGCCGCAAAAAGGAGAUGUCACGAUAAUUGCUGCACAUGCUAAUGGCUUCCCAAAGGAACUGUAUGAGCCCAUGUGGGAUGAGAUGCACCAAAGGCUGAAGGCCGAAGGUAUCAAGAUCCGUAGCAUCUGGAUUGCGGACGUAGCACAUCAAGGUCAAUCCAGUGUUCUCAAUGAGGACAAACUUGGCAACGAUCCAUCGUGGUUCGAUCAUCCUCGCGACUUGUUCUUGAUGAUCAAUCACUUCCGCGAGCAAAUGCCUCAGCCAUUAGUUGGCGUGGGACACAGCAUGGGAGGAGCACAUCUGAUCACAUUGUCACUAAUGCACCCUCGUCUGUUGAGCACGUUGGUCUUGAUUGACCCCGUGGUUCUAAAGGAGACUGCCCUCAGCAACUACAAUCUAGGUCGAUUGUCCGCGAGAAGGAGAGACGUAUGGCCAAGUCGAACAGCGGCCCGCAAAGCAUUCGAGAAAUCGCCCAUGUUCAAAACCUGGGAUCGACGUGUACUGGAUCGCUGGAUGGAUCACGCUCUACGAGACCUGCCAACCAAACUGUACCCGAACAUCGCAAUAUCAUCAACACCACCAGCGAUAGGUGCAGAUGUGUCUGGCAGCACGAUGUCACCCAGCAAAACGAGCGAGAUCGAAGUCACGCUCAAGACGACAAAACAUCAGGAGGUCAUGACCUUCAUGCGAGGCAACUUCGUGACUCUAUCGAAUCCUGCUCCUGACACAAAUCCAAACCCUUUGACGCACCCAGAUGUCGAUGUCACUUUGCCACCUGUCUCGCCAUUCUAUCGGCCAGAGAGCUUCCACCUGUUCAAGCAGUUGCCAUACCUCCGACCUUCGGUGCUGUACGUUUUUGGUACAGAGUCAGAUCUGUCCACAUCCAAAUACCGAGCAGACAAAUUGGAAGUCACAGGAAUGGGUGCAGGAGGUAGCGGAGGUACAGUCAAGGGCCGUGUCCAGGAGUAUGUUAUGCAAGGUGGCGGACAUCUGAUGCCGAUGGAGCGAGCAGAGGAAACGGCAGAUCAGUGCAGUGGAUGGCUCUUGCAGGAGUUGAGACGUUGGAAAGACGAGUAUACUCAGUUGGAGGCUCUUCGAUCAACUACACCCAGAGAGAAGAGGUCGCAGAUGUCUGAUGGCUUCGUCCAGGCCUUGACCCAGAAGGAGAUACUCAAAGCGAAGUCGAAGUUGUAGCUGUAAACAGUCAAGCAGAAUUCGAGUUCCGAACAGGAUGACGAUGACC